CUUGAUCUUGACCCGGCCAGCAACAUGCGUCUCUCUGUAGUGGUGACGAUGGUGGUGGGGGCAGUGGUUGGGGACCUUCGCCCUGGCUUCAACUACGCCUACGUCAUCCCCAAUAACCCUGGAGGAGCCACUGCCAGGCUUGGAGACAACCCUUCCAACCAGUGGUCCCACUUCGUUGACAGGACCGGUCCUGGUUAUGCUUACGGGUACGAGUUCCCCGGUCAAGUGCACUACCACACCAAGGACGAGGAACAAGCGGUCAAGGGCACCUUCGGCUACAUCGACCCUUACGGAUCCCCGGUUGUGUGGCUCUACUCCAGCAACCCAACCGACGGCUUCAGGGCCGAGGUCAGCACCGGCGGGAAACCUCUGCAGCCCGGAGCACUGUCAGGAGUGAGUUCCCAGCUGGAGGCGCGGCUUCCUGAAGUGCAGGCGGAGUCCGAGGGUGUUGAGGUCGGGUCCGAAGAAGACUAUUCCAGAGCAAUUUACGAGAAAGGUUCUUUGUCGCCCCUCCUAAAGCAGGCCGUCGCAGAGGGUGAUCUUUUUUCCACAGGCAAGUCCCCGUCAGGAAUACUAGGGUUCCUGGUGAAUCCCAAGACAGCGGAAGAGGCAGGUGGGGUGUCGGAGCUGGCCACUCGCCUCGGGGCGUUGCCGGUGGCUGCUGUCCACGACGUUCAGGUGAGACCCACCUUCAAGGAAUACAGGCCGGAGGACUUCGCCCCUGUCCUAAACUACGCGGAGCAGUCCAAGGCCACAGUCUAUUCACUAGAUGUCCCUAACCAGUAGAAGAGGAUGAGCUCACUGUUGUCCCUACGAUCAACACGUAUGUAAGCUAUGAUAUAUCAGCAGCUGCAGUGGACUGUUCGACAGCGGCGUAACUACAUCAUUCUAGCAGGUGUCUAGAGCUCUACAAACGAAUACAGAUCUAUUCUAAAUCCUCUGUAAGGCCGCGAGCCAAAUUUUAUCUAACGAUUAUCUCUUAUUUAUCCCUUCGAAAGGAUCAGUGCUCUGAAUCUCUGUUUAUCUACAUUGAAAUUGAUUAUCAUGAUGAGUAAAUUCUGAUACAUUUGUAUUGUCAUAAGCCCUUCACAGUGUCACGUCCUCGAUCAUUGUCACAUCUCCUGUCAUUGUCACAUUCCCUGUCAUUAUCCCCUCCCCCUAGUUGACACUGCCGCAUCCUCUUCCAUUGUCAUAUCCCUGUUAUUCGCUCAUAACCCCUACAUUGACUUCCUGACCCUGGCCGAUAAUAUCAACACUAAUUUCCUGCUCGAUCUAAUAUCCCUAAUAUUAGUAAGUUAAAUAGAGUGCUACAGUUUUCUCCUGCGAUGUAUCCCAGCACAAAAGAUGCCGUAUAUAGCAUUGUCUCCCUCGGGUCUAUGUGCCCUACUCCUCACAGCCAAGCGGAGAAAAUUCGUUUGUUGAUUACAUCGCAGAUCAGCAAAACAUUCUCUGGCACCCGGCGUUGCUCGGGUGCCGGAAGCCAGAUCUCUACUAAACACUGUCUUCGUCACUGUAACCAUCGUCAUUACACACUGUCUUUGUCACUGUAACCAUCGUCAUUACACACUGUAUUUGUCACUGUAACCAUCGUCAUUACACACUGUCUUCGUCACUGUAACCAUCGUCAUUACACACUGUAUUUGUCACUGUAACCAUCGUCAUUACACACUGUCUUCGUCACUGUAACCAUCGUCAUUACACACUGUAUUGUCACUGUAACCAUCGUCAUUACACACUGCCUUCGUCACUGUAACCAUCGUCAUUAGACACUGUCUUCGUCACUGUAACUAUCUAAGGUGCUCGCAUCUGGAUAGUUAUGCCUUCGUCAUUACUCAUGCUCCUGGAACCAAGGAUCACCGAGCGAGGAUUAUCUGGUAACUCUCGUGUAGAGAAGAUAUUGGAUGUAAAUAUGAGAAGGCUUCUUGCUUUAAUGUAGCUAUUAUUAAUAUAAAUUGUGUUCAACAUGAUGAUACUCAUGUAUUUAAUGUUGUGUAUUGCUUGUCGGUGUUCAUCUGAACUAAUUCUUACAGGAGUUGCUACAGUGAACACCUGUGUUUGGGGGCAUUAUCCGAGCUCAUAUGCGUCAGCUUGUUCAAUAAAUAUACUCCUGUAUUA